GAGAUCGAAAUUUCGAGGGUGCAAACCAGUUAAAGGGAAAAAAAAAGUAGCAGCAGGCAGAGAGAAAGAGCGGGUAACGACGUAACGCUUUAAACGAUGUCGUAUCUGCUACCACACUUGCGUUCAGGGUGGGCUGUAGAUCAGGCGAUCCUGGCAGAGGAAGAGCGUCUCGUCGUCAUCCGAUUCGGUCACGAUUGGGAUGAAACAUGUGUGCAGAUGGAUGAAGUGCUUGCUUCUGUUGCUGAAACCAUAAAGAACUUUGCCGUGAUAUAUCUGGUAAACAAGCACAUUAUGAUUGAUCUUGGCACUGGAAACAACAACAAAAUCAAUUGGGCUCUCAAGGACAAGCAGGAGUUCAUCGACAUUGUUGAGACUGUGUACCGUGGGGGUAGAAAGGGUCAUGGUCUGGUAAUUGCUCCUAAAGAUUACUCCACCAAAUACCGCUACUGAGUAAUCAUUGUUAUGAAUGUAGCCAAUUGGAAGAUAUUGAAGAUCUUCAAGUAAGUGAUUUGGAGUUUCAACUGCCCUAGUAUAUACCUUUUUCCCUUUUAAUUCGAACUUGUGGUUCUAAUAAGAACCUUCAAACUUAGAUUGAAAAUGUGUUAUACAUUGUGUAUUGUUUGUUGCUCGUAUGUUGCAUGCUAGUAUAAGCAUUUGCGCAUUUUUUAUGUCUGUUUAAAUCCAAUGGUAUAUACUCUUGAAGUGCCUCUUUUCUAAUCAAUGUUUGGGUUGAAAAGCA